CCGGAAGAGGCUCCACUCGUGCAGGGGGAGCGCGAGGCGCAGGUGAGCCAGCGCGCACCCGUUACCUGUAAACAAAGCAAAAGGAAUCCCAACGUGGAAACGACGCCCGGGAGGCAGUUUCACAGAUACCCGCUGCUGGCACGGCUUCGACACCGCUGGACAUCAGUGUUUGAUCCAACAUCCUGAUAGCACGCAGCGUUGCCAGACACGCCGCGCAGAGCUCACACAUGCUCUCAGUUAACCAACAAACCCACUGAAGAAAGGACCGGGUCGACCAUCACCCUCCACUAUGGCGAGACAGGACCCUGUCAAUGCCUCACAUGUGACAUUCGACCUGUUCAUCCAAGCCCAGACUUGUAAGGAUGUGAAGCACCACUUUGCUGAGCUCUGCAGGCAACUGGACAUCAAUCCCAAGGAUUUCCGUAACUUUUAUGCCAAGUUAAAGGAAAGACUGAACUACUGGAAGGCCAAAGCCCUGUGGACAAAGCUGGACAAAAGGGCAGCUCACUCCGAUUACCAUCAAGGAAAAGCCUGCAGCAAAAACAAGUGUCUUGUGUUGGGUGCUGGACCAUGUGGGCUGAGAACAGCCAUCGAACUGUCCCUGCUGGGGGCUCAGGUGGUGGUGCUGGAGAAGAGAGAGUCUUUCUCCAGGAACAAUGUUCUCCACCUGUGGCCCUUCACCAUUUACGACGUCCGCGGGCUCGGAGCCAAGAAGUUCUACGGGAAGUUCUGCUCUGGGUCUCUGGAUCACAUCAGCAUCCGUCAGCUGCAGCUGAUCCUGCUAAAAGUGUCGCUCCUUCUCGGCGUGGAGGUAAACACCGGAGUGGAGUUUCAGGGCUUGAUUGAGCCCUCAGGAGAAAACGGAUGGACGGCCAAGCUGGAGCCCAGGUCUCAUCCUGCUGCAACCUUCCAGUUUGAUGUGUUCAUCUCUGCUGGAGGAGGCAGGUUUGUCCCUCAUGGUUUUAAGCACAAGGAGCUGAGAGGCAAGCUGGCUAUCGGCAUCACAGCCAACUUCAUCAACAGAAACACGGCUGCUGAGGCCCAAGUGGCAGAGAUCAGCGGUGUGGCUCGCAUCUACAACCAGAAGUUUUUCCAAGAGCUCCUCAGUGAGACGGGUAUUGAUUUAGAGAAUAUUGUCUACUACAAAGACGACACCCACUACUUUGUCAUGACCGCCAAGAAGAACAGCCUGCUGAAGAAGGGGGUCAUUAAACAGGACUACAGUGAUGCGGAGGAGCUGCUGGCUCCUGCAAACGUGGAUCACGAGGCUUUGUGCCUCUAUGCUCAUGAUGCUGCAUACUUCUCCACAGGUGGCAAACUGCCUGACCUCCAGUUUGCUCAGAACCAUGCUGGCCAGCCAGACGUGGCCAUGUUCGACUUCACAUGCAUGCACCGAGCUGAGCAUGCCUCUCUGGUCAGAGAGAGGAUGGGGACGAAGCUGUUGAUCGGUCUGGUUGGGGAUUGCCUGGUGGAGCCGUUCUGGCCUCUGGGUACAGGCAUUGCUCGCGGGUUUCUAGCUGCUUUCGACACAGCGUGGAUGGUGAGGAGCUGGGGCAUGGGGGUCCCGCCUGUCAAGGUCCUGGCUGAACGGGAAAGUAUCUACCAGCUCCUGUCCCAGACCACACCAGAAAACACCAGCAAAAACUACGCCGAAUACAGCAUCAACCCCAAAACGCGGUACAUGAGAGUGAACCUCUCCUCCAUCCAGACCAACCAGGUGCAGCAUCUGUACGACGUUGAUAAAAUCAAUCCAUCAAGCAAGAAACUGAAGCGGUUGUCACACAUGCACCAAGAUUCAGUCAGUGGUUUUGAAGAGUUGUUGAAAUGGUGCCAGAAGCACACAGCGGGUUAUGACAAUGUGAAUGUAAAAGAUUUCAACCAGUCCUGGAGGUCCGGGCUGGCUCUGUGUGCUCUGAUCCACCACUUCAGGCCUCAGCUCAUUAACAUGUCGUCACUGGACGAGUCCAGUGUUGCUCACAACAACCAACUGGCUUUCAGCAUCUUGGAGAAGGAGCUGGGCAUCCCACCUGUCAUGUCUGCCAGUGACUUAGAGAAAAGUGGUCAGAUAGACAAGCUGUCCAUGGUCCUCUACCUCACCCAGAUCCAAAAGGCCUUCACUGUGCCAGCAAAAGAACCUGCAGGCUUCCUGCCAUCUUCCAAGCCUCUGACUCUCUCCCAGACACAGUCAGCUAUCUUUUUCCUGAACAAGCUGAAGCUCAACUCUCUACAAAGACGCAAGGAAAAGCUGGCAUCUGAGAAACGAGUCAGAGAGACGAGGAUGGGAGAUGAGGACAGUACGAUGGUGCUUCCUGCGUCCCCUGAGCCCGGUUCCACACCUGCUCUUGCUCCUGCUCCUGAGCCUGAGGCCGGGACUGGUGUGCCGAUGGCGAACAGCGAGGAGUGUUACUUCUGUGGUCAGAGGGUGUAUGUGCUGGAGCGCAUCAGUGCUGAGGGCAAGUUCUUCCAUCGCAGCUGCUUCACCUGCCAUGAGUGCGGCAUCACGCUCCGACUGGGAGGAUACACCUUUGACCAGGCUACAGGGAGAUUUUACUGUGAGCUGCACUCCGAAGAGCUGGAGCUGACAAAUGGGCCUGAACCAUCUUUUAAGGAUGGCGAAGGAGAUCUCAAAGAGGCAAAUGACGAGAACGGGCUUUCCAGUGACGAUAACACGCUGUCUCCGUCAGAUGAGGAGUACGAGCACACUCUGGACUGUGGUCCCUCAGCUCACGCACAGUCACAUCAGCCUGAAGGACAAGACCAGGAUAUACUUGAAUCCAAAGAGGAGUCCCAGGAACCAAAUACAUUAAAAACUCCCGCAGACGCUUCGUUGACAGCUGAGGUAGCAGCACCCACUGAGGAGGAGACUGCGGAGCUUCCUCCCAAAGCACCCUAUCCCGUCCCCAAGCCCCGCCACUCUCGACAGACCACGCCCAGCCCUCAGCUCUCUCCUCCAAAAGCAAAACCUCGCACAGUCCACCUGUUAAACCCCUCGACUCCACAGAAACAUUCAUCCCCGACCCCAACAAACGAGAUCUCCAAGGCAACACCAGACUCCCGUCCGAAGCAGUCGCUCCGGAAGCUGCAGCUGACAGAAGAGGAGAAAAGCCAGCUUGUGAAUCUCCAGAGCUUCAGCGCGGACUCUGAUUCAGAGACGCCCGGUGGAUCCUCCUCCUGCUCCUCUUCUUCUGCGACUGCAGGAGGUCCAAGCCCUCCAAAACCAGAGGGCCUCGAUGGGCAAGAAGAGGAGGGCUACUGGAGCGGGAGCACCGCUAGUCACAUCCGGGAGAAGAGGAAUCGACGCUGCUUCAGGCGAAAAGAGAUGCCAAGCGGGCAGAUGAGAGUACGAUCCAAGUUUUCCCCCUGGAACCUCUCGUCCCCGAGGAUCAGCAGAGACACCCGGCUCAGCGUCCUCGUCAGUCACCCAGGGAGAGUGGAAACGACCUUCAGACAUGUCCACAGCGCCUCAGAAGAGGGCGUCGAUGGUGAUGAGGAUGAGGACGACGAGGACGAUGAGGAGGAUGAGGAGAUGUUCGAACGAGAUGAUAUUGACUUUUUCGAUGAGAAAUUUCAGACAGUGCCAUCGGACCCUGCCGAGGCCGAGAAGCUGGAGUUGAUGAAGAUGAGGACACUGGAGCGGCGAGCAAAGAUGAGCGAAUUACAGCGUCUUCGCAAAGCCCAGUCCAUCCAGAGGAGGCUGGAGGAGAUCGAGGUGACCUUUAAGGAUUUGGAGGACAAGGGUGUAGAGCUGGAGCGAAGUCUGCGAGGAGAGGCUGACAACAGCGGCUCUCCUGAAAUGAUCGAGCAGUGGAUCCAACUUGUCCACGAGAAGAACGCGUUGGUUUCUGAGGAGUCUGACCUCAUGGUGGCGUCUCGGCAGCUGGAACUCGAAGACAAGCAGAGCACGCUGGAGUUGGAGCUCAGGAAGUACAUGGAGAUGAAUGACAAGACCUCAGAGCAGCAGGCAGAAGAAGAACGGAUCCUGCAGCAGCUGAUCGAGGUGGUGGACAUGAGGGACUCGUUGGUGUUGUUUCUGGAGGAGAAGAGGCUGAAGGAGAUAAGCGAGGAGCAAGAGGCCUUCUCCAUCAGGGAGGCUAAACGGCACUCGAAGGCUGGAGCUCAGGUUCACUGGGCGUAAGGCUUCCGACCUCUCAGCAUCAACCUGAAUGUGUGCUGCGCAGUAGAUGCCCUCACGUCUGCUGUUUGUGAGACUCGCUGCUUUCGGACUUGGAACCUGAAAUUUGACAUUUGACAAGCCAAAGAUGAGUGCGUUCCCUGUUUAUCCAAGAGGGAUUAAGAGUUUGGGUUUAAGAGUUCGGGCUUAAGGGCCGGAGGCUGAGUGAACAUUAGUUGCAGUCUGCCCCCUAGAGGGAGACGGACGCCUGGAGAUCUGAGGAUUGAUGCGUUCAACACCCCUGCAGGCCACAAAGUCACAGUCACGGCAACAGAGCACAUAUGAGAAAGGACCUGCGGAUCUGAAACCACCACACGGCAGAAAACCUCUACCCGGUCUGAGACUGAGGCCCGGUUCGGCGUCCGAAACAGCGACUGAAACGUGUGACUCAUAGACAUAAGGUCAAGAUGCAGCAGCGUGACAUUACAGCGAUGGGGAACCUGCAGCUGCUGGCUUUGGAGACUUGGAGAAAGAUCUCAGUCGAAAACACAGCAAAGAUGGUGUUUUUGAAGAUACUUUGACGUUCAUGUUGAGUUUACUCGUGACAUCUUGAAUAAGUGCUACGGUACACAAUGACGUAAUAUACAUAUCAUAAUUCUAUGUUUAGUAUUUGUAUACUGAAUACAUUCUAGGAAUACGAUGGAGAAAAAACACGGAGGUGGUUAAAAUAUUAAAAUUAUUAAAUUCUGUUAUUAGUAUUCAUGAAUUCAUUUUAUGAUCCAGUUUACUUUUCAAUCACGAAUUUUUGAAUUUAGUAGCACUUCCUGCUGUUCACCAUGGUAACCCGUCCCUGAGAGCUUGUUGGGUAGAUAAUCUCAGGGGUCGAUCUGUCAGCCCUCUAGGAUCAGAGUUACGGUUCUCACUGAUGGCCUUCGACUGGUGAAGGUGGCGAAGUGGUGGUGUGUCGUAUGGACACGAGGGGUGUGGGGGGUGAGUGGAAAACACCGAGUUUGGUCCAUCUUUUCAUGAGCGUCGUGACUGAUCAUUUGCAGGUGUUCCUAUUCAUGUGCUGGCAUAAAAGGAGCCUUAUAUAUUCAUUGUUCUGCUGCCAUUAUGUGCCACCUGGACAGCACUUCACAGUAUAUCAAAUAAAGAUCAUGCACUUUGA